CAAGAGCAAAACCCCGUCUCAAAAUUUAAAAAAAAAAAAAAAAAAGAAUUACUAAAGUGUGAGACUUGCCCAGAUUAUUUUUCCAAGGAUCCAGAGCCCUUUAGAGAGAAUUCAAGAGGGAGAAUUUCUGGUGACUUCUACCACCUCUGAAGAAUUAAAAAACACACUUAUGCUGCUUUCCAGGCCUCUGUGGUAGUUAGUUCUGCUUGGCAGUUUUUGUUGUUAAAUUGCUUUUAAAAAACCUGGAGCUCUAUUAGAUAUAAAUACCUUGUGAUGCCAAAGGACUGUCUUUCACCCAUAAAAACUGAAGCCAUGUGCCAGAAGCCCUCGUGGCCAAAGGGCUCUGUCCUUGGACACGGAUGAGGGCUACUGGGCGGUGGGACUGAGGCUGUGCCUGGAUGCCCAGCUUCUGCAGCCAGAGGUGGAGAGUUGCUCCUGCCUGCUGGCUCAGCCAGCACAGGAGCACGUAGCCUGCAGGCUUGGGUUGCACACAGGCUUCCCCCUGCAGAGUCAGGCCCCUUCAGCGCUUCCCCAGAUCUCUGGAAUCUUCAGCUGAGAUUGGGCUCCAGCACCUGGACUCAAGGCAGUAGCAGAAUCCCAUGGUAGCCAGGUGGGUGAAGGGGACCGAGGACGUUCUACCUGCCUUGAAGAAGACACCUGACCUGCGGAGUGAGUGACCAGUGUUCCCAGAUCCCGGCAAUGGAUUCCACUCACAUGGGCAUGUCCAGCACGCCCCUGGUGAAGCACACUGCUGGGGCUGGGCUCAAGGCCAACAGACCCCGUGUCAUGUCCAAGAGUGGGCACAGCAAUGUGAGAAUUGACAAAGUGGAUGGCAUAUACCUACUCUACCUGCAAGACCUGUGGACAACGGUUAUCGACAUGAAGUGGAGAUACAAGCUCACCCUGUUCGCUGCCACUUUUGUGAUGACCUGGUUCCUAUUUGGAGUUAUCUACUAUGCCAUCGCGUUUAUUCAUGGGGACUUAGAACCCGGUGAGCCUAUUUCAAAUCAUACCCCCUGCAUCAUGAAAGUGGACUCUCUCACUGGGGCAUUUCUCUUUUCCCUGGAAUCCCAGACAACCAUUGGCUAUGGAGUCCGUUCCAUCACAGAGGAAUGUCCCCAUGCCAUCUUCCUGUUGGUUGCUCAAUUGGUCAUCACGACCUUGAUUGAAAUCUUCAUCACCGGAACCUUCUUGGCCAAAAUUGCGAGACCCAAAAAGCGGGCUGAGACCAUCAAGUUCAGCCACUGUGCAGUCAUCACCAAGCAGAAUGGGAAGCUGUGCUUGGUGAUUCAGGUAGCCAACAUGAGGAAGAGCCUCUUGAUUCAGUGCCAGCUCUCUGGCAAGCUGCUGCAGACCCACGUCACCAAGGAGGGGGAGCGGAUUCUCCUCAACCAAGCUACUGUCAAAUUCCACGUGGACUCCUCCUCUGAGAGCCCCUUCCUCAUUCUGCCCAUGACAUUCUACCAUGUGCUGGAUGAGACGAGCCCCCUGAGAGACCUCACACCCCAAAACCUAAAGGAGAAGGAGUUUGAGCUUGUGGUCCUCCUCAAUGCCACUGUGGAAUCCACCAGCGCUGUCUGCCAAAGCCGGACAUCUUAUAUCCCGGAGGAAAUCUACUGGGGUUUUGAGUUUGUCCCUGUGGUAUCUCUCUCCAAAAAUGGAAAAUAUGUGGCUGAUUUCAGUCAGUUUGAACAGAUUCGGAAGAGCCCAGAUUGCACAUUUUACUGUGCAGAUUCUGAGAAACAGAAGCUUGAGGAGAAGUACAGGCAGGAGGAUCAGAGGGAAAGAGAACUGAGGACGCUUUUAUUACAACAGAGCAAUGUCUGAUCACAGGGGCACCAUGCAGGUUUAACCGUGCAUGCUGUUUCCGCAUCAGAACUCCCUUCAAACACAAAGACUGCUGUGAAGACAAAAAUGUGUAGACGUACUCUAAAAACCUGCACGGACAUACAAAAUCAAUCUUUUCCUGUGAUCUUGUGGCUAAACCAGCAUUUCUGUGUUUGAGAGAGUUCCUUUUAAAUGCUUUAUCUGAAAGUGAACUCUUAUAAUUCAGAUUGUGUAAAAUGGGGCUACAUUUCUAAGAGCUUGGUGUAGGGCAAUUGGAAUAAUGUCCUGUUAGAUAAACAGACACUUAGCAAUGCUAACAUUAAAAGUAUAUGUAUUUCUAUACAAGAUUAUUACCUGUAAUAUAAGAUAUUUAUUUAACCAAGUGUCAAUGACCUUAUGGCCAAGACUUCAUUUAUCUCAUUGCUUUCAUUGAUCUCACUGCUUUAAAACAUGCUGUUUUUGUUCAAGCAGGAAAAAUAUUAUAUCUAAUGAUUGUGUGAUAAUACCUGAAAAGAGGUAGAGAGACUCUGUUCACAAAAUGUAGUAAUUUUAUUUUUACCUUUCUUCAGUGGACUGAAUUGUAUGAAAGGAAACUGAUCAGAUCUGUAAUUCACAACUGUGGAAACCUACACAAAUGGGGCUGAUGCCAUUGUUUCCUCUAUUUCUUCUUUUUUUGGACUGUACUAUCCUCUUUCCAUUCAAAAAGUUUCCAUUCAAAAUGUGGUUCACAGACCCGCCACAUCAGCACCAUCCAAGAGCUUAUUAGUAACGCAUAGAUUCUCAGGCCCCAGCCAGACUUACAGAAUUGGGGUCUGUAUCUUGACAGGACCACCAAGUGAAUUGUGUACAAAUGAAAGUUUGGAAGGUCUGUUCUGGACAAUGUUUCCAAAGCAACUUUCUGAAGCCAUGUGGAAAACUGACUCUGUGGGUCCCAUAUCCCCGUGCCAUCCAGACCUGGCCUCUGUUCAGUUCAUUAUCAUUGGCCAAUAUUUCUUUCAGCCAUUUCAUUUUUUAUCUAUUAAAAUGCCUUGCCCAUAAAGGAACUGCAUAUAAUUAUCCCCUGACAUUCCAAGAGCAAAAUAAACCUCUUGAGAGUAAUUGUUGUCUCAGUUAUGCCUGUUGAUUACAGUUAGCACAAAAGAAAAAUUCAGCUGCCUGACAAUACAGGAAAUGUUCUCAGAGGCUGAAGUUUGUAAGGUCUGGUGGGGCCAUAAGGAAGAAGAGGAGCUAAAAGUAAGGAAUUCAUAAACAAGAUGACUCCCUGAUGCAUGAACAAGAUUUGAAAAUCUCAAACCUGUAAAGAAUACCCUCGCUAUUUGAAUAAAGCUUAUACAAAGAGGUAACAUUUCGCCCCUGGAAAAAUUCAGGGGUCUGGUGCUCUGCAUUCCUUUGAGGCAAAAAAAUAAAUAAAUAAUAAUAAUAAAUGGGCUAUGACUGGUUAAAUGUCCGAAAGGUGAAUUCUCAUUUGAUUCAAACGGAGACAGAUUUGCGCAUUCACUCAAGCAGAAUGUGACCAUGAAUGUUCAGCCCCUGCACACAUACAAAGAUGUACGCGAUUCCCCCCACUGCACACAAAUACUCACACGCAAGCACACACAUGCACAUACCCUGGCUCUUCGAGCAUAAUCAGGGGAGCCAUCAGUGAAAGACAUUUGCGAUUAAGACAAGUCCUUGACAGACACGUUCAUGUCUAUUUGGUUCUAUAAAAAUAUGAACAUUGGGACUCAGAGCAAAAAGGGAAGAUAAACUGGAUUCAGGUUAUCAGUGAAAUGAUGGUAUAGAUUACAGCAAAUCUGGCUAUAUGUUGAUGUUACUGCAUUUGUAAAUAUCCUCCCAUUAAAGAGAAAAUGUGGCUAAAACCCCCAGACUGGAGCUGAACUAGUUUAAGGCAGGUGUAGGGAUAAUCGGAGUCAAGUUUGUGAAAGUUUAAAGAACGAUCUCAAUCCAUGAAUGAAAGGGAAGAUGUUGCUUCUUUAAUUAUUUGGAAGGUUUUUUUUUCUUUUUCUGUUGAUAAUUUUAUGGAAGGUUGCUUUAGAUCUCCAUUCCUUAAAAAGUAUUACAUGUCAGUGUAGUUAGAUAUUAUCUCUUUUAGUUAUUACACUUGCUAUUUUUUACUGUAUAUUGUGGUCUAAUCAACAAAAAAAUAAUGCCAUGGGCAUGUUUAGACCUUUUGUGUUGCACUAUUAAAUUUUUUUCAGAGUAUUUAUAUCAGUGCUAACUUGAAUGUGAUUCAGAUUAAAAAUCUUGCUCACUUAUAUUGUACAUUGUACAAGGACAUAGCAUAAGAGUCAGAAAAAUUUUUGUAUUUCAUUUAGCAUAUCAAUUUCAGCCAAAUUUGGAAGACUUGACUAUCUGACCUUUUGUGCUACACACACAAAACAAAUAUUGGAGUAGAAAUACCACCUUAAAAUAUAUCUUAAUUUACAUUUAGAUAAUAUUGAAAUCACAGUCUGUUAAAAUUAGAAAUGUAAUUCAAAUAAAAAUCAAACAAAAUAGUUGUUUCAAUUUAUCUAAAUAUCUGUCUGGUUUUUAAGAGUGUCUGAAAAAUCUAUAUAAGUCAAUAAAUCAUAUUUUAAUAUUCAAUAAAAAGCUCUGAAGCUGUA